UGUCAUUCAAGAUUUUGUAGAAUUCUGAUACCAUCCACAACAGCAUCACUUCUACAUCACGAACUCCUUUCAACCAAUUAUUACCAAUGGCUCACGAAAUCAAGAACGUCGCUCUUGCCGGGGCGUCUGGCAGUCUGGGCUCGCACAUUUUGCAAGCUUUGGUCAAAACUGGUCGUUUUAACGUCAUCAUUCUCACUCGAAAGGUCACCGACAAUGUACCCUCUGGAACUGCAGUUAAGGUAGUUGAUUACGAGUCAGCUUCAGACUUGGUGUCCGCCCUGAAGGGCCAGGAUGCACUGGUUGACGCCACGUCUGUGCCUGAUCCUAGUCUGGCUAUCCGCUUGAUGGAUGCGGCCGUUUCAGCCGGCGUCUACCGGAUUGUCCCGUCCGAAUUCAGCUCCGACCCAACGAAUUCUAAAGGGCGAAACUUACCGCCUUUUCAAGGGAAGGCUAAGGCCCUGGAGUAUGUCCAGAAGCUUGCGGACACUGGCAAAAUCACCUGGACGGCCAUUUCCAACCACGCUUUCCUGGACUGGGGUCUGCGUAUGUCAUUUCUCGGCGUCGACCUUCAGAACAAGAAAAUUGAGUAUCUUAAGCCGGGUACGACCGUCAUCCCCAUGACGACACUUGAAUCAGUGGGAACUGCUGUUGCAAAUGCUCUCAUCAAGGCCGAGAACACGAAGAAUCGUAUUUGUUACAUUUGCAGUACACAGAAGACGCAGAAGGAUCUGGCCGAACUUUCCAAGCAGGCGUUGGGCGAGGAAGGCUGGAAGUCAAAGGAUGUUGAUACCGAGGACGCAUUCAACAAGGCAAUGGCUAAGCUGCAAGCUGGUCAGGUGGAUAUGCAGGCCAUUGGCGACAUCAUCCGUUUCUCGAUCUCUACUCCGGGCUACAUUGAUAGGCUCGAGAAGACGGAUAACGAUCUGUUGGGCGUCAAGACCAUGAGUGAUGAGGAAGUCAAAGAGCUUAUUCGUGAGAUUGCUCGAGAGAAGGCGAUUGCUUAACUUUGUUAGUACAUUGCUAGCCUGUAUCUUAGACCAUAGCCACCAGAUCAUAUCAUGUCUAUUAUUUAAUUAUCGUAUUGAUUCAGGACAAUCUUAUGAGUUCAAGCGACC